CUCUGCUGGUUCAGUUCGGCAAUUGUGUAACUGCUUGCCUGAUAGAACAAGCUCCGCUCUGAUUGGCUGAUUCCCUACUUGCUUUAGGUAUGCUACCUUAACAGACUGUUGGAAAUAUGAGAAUUUCUUCGUGAACGCAUUUCGAAAAAUCAAAAAAUGGCAAAGCCUCCAUUUUCUGUGAGUAGACCUUUUUAUGAGUCUUUGAGGAUAUUAAUGGGGCAUUAAUGAUCACAUAACCGCUGUUAAUAUUUGAUGAACCAAGUUCAUUUCAUUUUUAUUAUUUUAGACUUUUCGGUAUAUUUCCCUGUCGUUGACUGAUUUAGUUCCUUUGCAUGAUUUGUUUUUAUUGCAUAAUCGAAGUGCCACAAAACAAAUUAAUUAUAACGUUAAUUUGAGCGCAAAGAAAGAGAAUCUAACAGAAUAAUUCAUAAUUUCCAACCUUCGAAACGAGACCUUAUGGGGAACACUUGAAUGCAGCAUCAAUAUCUAUCAUUGCACUUCCCUCCCAACAUCCCCACACGACACGGGGCUCACAGGCGACAGUAACAUUGUGUGUGUGUGUGUGUGUGUGUGUGUGUGUGAGAGAGAGAGAGAGAGAAAGUAAAAAACAUCAGACACCAUGACCAUUAGAAACACUAUCCGGGACCAUGGACAGAGGUAUCGACCACGAAUGGCUUGUCUCAAGAAGGCGGAGAAGGUGAUGCUGGAGAUGCAGGACCCCAAAACAGGAGUGAAAUCACAGCCUCAGAGACUGGUUAUCACAACAAUACCACACGCUAUUACUGGUGAAGACAUAAUUGCGUGGAUAGCGGAGAGGUUCCAAAUAGAUGCACAAGAGGCGAAGAAUUUCAGCUCUAUGCUGGUGGCGUUAGGAUACAUCUACCCUCUGCAGGACCACAAACGCUUAGUGAUCAAGCCUGACGCAUCCCUCUAUCGCUUCCAGACGCCGUAUUUCUGGCCCACACAGCAGUGGCCUGUUGAAGACACAGAUUAUGCAAUCUAUCUGGCGAAAAGAAACAUACGAAAGAAAGGCGUCCUGGAGCUGCAUGAGCAGGAGCAGUAUAACCGCCUUCACAAGUGGAUGAAUCAUAAAUGGGAUUUCAUUGUGAUGCAAGCUAAAGAGCAGUACAGGGCCGCGAAGGAGAGGAAGAAACCGGAUCGUGUGGUGUUCGAGUGCCAGGAGAGAGCCUACUGGGUGGUUCACAGACCUCCGCCUGGCACAGUGAGCGCCAUGGACUAUGGACUGGAUCGCCGUACUGAUCCUAAUGCAGACGAGGCGAAAACACCGGACUUCUACGAGAGAAUCAUGAUCUUUACUCAGCAGUCCAUCAUGAGGCCCAGAGUGAAGUCAUCUGUGUCCAUUGGCGCAAUAGUGAAGUAUUGUGCCACCUACAGCAGCCACGAUCCUUUCCUCUCCAAGUGUCUUCCCAGCAACCCCUGGCUCACUGAUGAUGUCACGUACUGGACCUUGAACAUGCCCAAUGUGGAAAUACCAACUAAAAUGCGUGUGGAGAGGUGGACGUUCAGCUUCGGAGAGCUGCUCUCAGACCCUCGAGGACGAAACGAUUUCAGACUCUUCCUGAAGAAAGAAUUCAGCGGCGAGAACUUGGCAUUCUGGGAGAGUUGUGAAGAUCUGAAGUGGGGCACUGCUGCGACGAUGAGAGAGAAAGCGGAGCAGAUCUACAAGACGUUCCUGGCACGCGGUGCACCGCGCUGGAUCAACAUCGACGGAAAUACGAUGGAAGUCACAGUGAAAGGCCUGAAACACCCGCACAGAUACGUCCUGGACGCAGCCCAAACUCACAUCUACAUGCUCAUGAAGAAGGACUCAUACGGCCGAUACCUGAAAUCUCCGGUGUUUAAGGACACGCUGAAGAAGGCCAUUUGUCCCGAGGAGCACAAGUUCUCCGAUGCCCAGUUGGAGCAGAAUGCAAAGAACAGGCGGCCCAGUCUCAGUCCCAUCAUCCUCCGGCAGAUGGAGCAGGAGCAGAAGGCCAAGAUGGCCGCCACUGUUGACAUCACGCAGCUGUGCCGCUUCACCACCCCCGUCCCCCACCUCGCUGUCUACACUGGCAUCUCUGACUUCCCCUCUGCCAACGCCUCCCCCUCCAUGCCUUUCCUGGCCCACACGCCGGCUUGUCCGUCCCCCAUCAGCGUGGCCUUGGACAGCACAUCUGCCUCUGAGCGGCGACUGGAGGCCGGGGAAGGAGAAGGCGAGUCGAACCCCACGGGUCGGGCCACAGGAGGUGGAAACGCGUCCAAGUCUCGCAUGGCUCUGUCCCUGCGUCGUCUGCUGAAGCGCGGCUGCACGCCCUCCACCAUGUUCGCCAGCUUGUCGCCCAAAUGCCACUCGACUCCAGGGACAAGUAGCCGCAUCCAGCCCAUCACCCCGGAUCAGCCCAGUCAGGCUCCACCCAGACGGAUUGCCAAUUUUUUCCAGAUUAAAGUGGAUAUUCCUCCAGAGUGCCGCAUCUACCCCAUAGAGUCCGAGGACGAGGACGAGGAGAGCAGGGCCACCUCCCGGGGUGGAGUGGGAGCCAAAGAGAUCAUCUGCCCCUGGGAGAGCCUCACUCCACACAACGGCAUGGGCUAAUAGGCUGCGUUCACAAAAGUGUAUAAAAAAAGAUGGGCUUUCUACAUCUGUGUCAGUCUGAACCAGCUGAUUUUUUUCCCCUUGUUCUGACAGAGAUAAAAGAUCUCCCACAGAGCAUAAAGGGGUGAAAUCUUAUCCACCCUGUGAUAACGUGGCCGCAUUCUCACCACCAGGCCACAGUCUACAACAUAAAUACCAAACAACACAGUCAGUCUGGGACACUUUAAAGAUGGCUGUUGGUCUGCAGUAGACUGAGCAUCAGUUUACUGCGUCCGUGGUUUAACUUCUUAAAGCAAGCUCAAGUUUUGAGUGUCAAACACCGGCCGCCUGUAGGAAUGUUUCACGUCCGCUGCUGCAUAAUCCUCAGUACUCUAAAAACCAUCACAGUUUCUCCAAAAUAUGGCUAAAUCGCAGUGUUUUUCCACAGCUGGUUACCUUUGUUACAACACAGGAUUUUAGAAAUAACUAAUGUCAGGAGUCCUAAUUCUUUUAGUGCAUCCCCUCUCUUGUAAGAAAUGCCAGGAAAGGUUGUAAAACCGUCUGAUUAUUUUAUUUCUUUCACAUCCAGGUAUAUAAUCCUGGUAAAGAAAACCCCGUCGUGGGUAAUUUGUAUGUACUUUUUUUCAUGUGAACUCCUCCUCGGGUUGUUAAAACCCCAAAUCUCUUAGUCAGAAUACUGAGGACACUGCACUUGUGCAUAUCUGGUGUGUGGAACAAACCUACAAGAAGUAUUUGAUACUCAAAACAGUUCAGUGGAGUAUUCCUUUAAAGUACAGCCUUACUGACGCCAACCCUUACAGAUGUGAGCUCCAGCUGAGCCAGCUGUUUACGUUGGGUGUUUAGUUUUGUGGGGCCCGCCGCUCCACUCGAGGACAACAGGGUGUACGAACUUCUGAGAGCUUUCGACGCUUCAGCUGUAGCUUUCACAUAUAAACCUCAGUGUGUGUUUACUAAUGAACAGUAGCUCUGAACAGCAGCAGCCUUAUCCGCCUUCACACACCUGAAAAACUUGUGUUGUUAUUUUUUCUGGUGGCCUCAGAAGUUUCUACAAAGCAGGCAUGUACGCAGACACCGAUAACCAAAAGUAUAAGUGAAAAGAAAAGCAGAAACUAAAGAAUUUUGCUCAUUAAAAACUCAUGAUCAUCAUGUCAUCAUAUAAAAGGUUUGCAUCCCCGAGAGAGCAAUAAGCUAAAGCAGACAAACGCGAUUGGACUGUGCACAUGCCUGCUAAAAAUACAGAUAAUGUGUUUAUAUAUUUAUUAAAUAACGAUCAGUUUUCUGAAGUAGAGAAGUGUUCUUGUGCUGCUGAAUAGACUUAGAUGCCUCAUCCCCUGUUUACUUACCUCUUGCACACAUUACGUGAAACGAGUGAGAGUGAUAGAUGCAGUUCAGGUGAAAUGAGGGCACACGAGCAGUUUGUUUACGUGAGGGUCAGGUAAUAGUUUUGUAUUCCACUCCUCUGCUGUUUUGUACACUCUGUGUAGCGGUCGUAUGCUGAACACUAACUCCCCCCUCCUCUGAGCGAGGUGUUAAUAUUUUUCUCUCACGUCUCUCUGUUGGCGAGGGCGGUACAAUGUGAAUUAGCUGUCCGAAUGUAUUAUCUUUAUCAUGUUUACAGAUGCAAGAAUGUGAAAAAUACCUUAAAUGGGUUGUAUUUGAUUUGUACAUUCCAUGGCUUGUGUCAAGUGCCUCA